AGCUUAUAUAAGCACCAAUGCCAUUGUAUUGUUUGCACUGUUCGCGGAUCCUACUGACACGUGACAGUCUGCGAUUGGUUAGUUUUUUUAUUUUUUUUUUAAAUCAGACAAAAUAAAAAAUAAAAAAAAAUAAAAAAAUAAGCAUCUCAAAAGGGGUUUCUGGCUUAAAGAUGCUCUUAGGUAGGGGUCUUAGCGGAAUAUAAAAAACCGUCUCUUAACUUUUAAUUAAAAAGUUAAGAAUGGCUUUUAAAUAAGAUAUUUUGCUAAAAAUUUAAAAGUUAGAGACGGUUUAAUAUAAUCUGCUAAGAACCCAACUUAUGAACCCUCAAAUAAACAUGCUUUGUAGAUACUAAUUUACAAGUGUCAAGUUUGGUUCUCAUUUGAGACUUUUAAAAAGAAAAAAUUGCAUAACAAAGAUAAACUAUAAUUGCAAAUUAAUGGGGGUGAUUGGUUGGGUUGUAGGAAGUGACUUUAGCUUUAAUUUCCAUCUACAACCUUAAAUACUACCAAUCAUGAUUUAUCUUAGUUUUUAAAGCUACAACCAAAAACCUAAAGCUACAGCAAAAACAGACAAAAAAUGGUUGUAAAAAUCUUAUUUUCUAAAGCCUCAUCCUUUUAGAUGUAGGAAAUUUUAAAGCUACAACCCUUAAAGCUAAAUCAAAAAAUUCUACAGACUAAAUUCUAAAGUAAAUUUUCUAUAAUUACAGUCCAACCAAUCACCCCCAAUAUUCUACGUUGACAACUUGAUAUCUCUGUGACCAUGUUGAUAAUUUUCUAAUUAAAUUAAAGUUAUACGUUCGUAUCUUUUAAAUUAAAUUAAGAUUGAGAAAAACGAGAGUGGUAAGUAAGGUGUGAGGUGCUGACAAAGAAAAAAACAAAAGAAAGAUGUGCGUUAGAGAAAGUGAGUGAGUAGGUCUAUAAACGUUUCGGCGCUUCUAUAAAUAAAGAAUGGUGCUGAGUAGGUCUUUUUUGUAAUACAAGUCUUCAUAAAAAUAAUUGUUACCAAAUUUGAACAAAGAUGGAGUUGGAAUCUUCUUCACAUUCGAGUCCAGUUCAUGUAAUGCUCGUGUCUUUUCACGGACAAGGCAGCGUCGGUCCUCUUCUUCGUUUCGGCAAGCUAAUUGCUUCAAAGGGAACAGUCGUUACGUUCGUCACUACGGAGUACUGGGGGAAGAAAAUGAGACAAGCCAACCAGAUCGUCGAAGGUGAGCUUAAACCGGCUGGUUCCGGCUCAAUCCGGUUUGAGUUUUUCUACGAUGGAUGUGCAGAAGAUGAUGUCCGGAGAGGUACCACCUUGUACAUGCCACGGCUAGAACAAACCGGGAAACGAGAAGUAUCGAAACUCGUGAGGAGAUACGAGGAGAAGAACGAGCCCGUCUCUUGUCUGAUCAAUAACCCGUUUGUCCCGUGGGUCGGGGACGUGGCGGAAGAGUUAAACAUCCCGUGCGCAGUGCUGUGGAUACAGUCUUGUGCUUGUUUCUCUGCUUAUUAUCAUUACCAAAAUGGCUCUGUUCCUUUCCCAACCGAAUCAGCUCCUGAGCUCGAUGUAAAGCUCCCAUGCGUUCCUGUCUUAAAGCACGACGAGAUCCAUACCUUUCUCCAUCCUUCUUCUCCAUUCACCGGAAUGCGAGACGCGAUUCUUGGGCAGUUUAAGAAUCUUAGUAAGUCCUUUUGUGUUCUAAUCAAUUCCUUCGACGCUUUGGAACAAGAAGUGAUCGAUCACAUGUCGAAACUCUUUCCAAUAAAAACCAUUGGACCGGUUUUUAAACUCGCUAAGACGGUGAUCUCCGAUGUAAGCGGCGACUUCUGCAAACCCGCGGAUCAAUGCCUCGACUGGUUAGACUCGAGGCCAGAAUCGUCAGUUGUCUACAUCUCUUUCGGGACGGUUGCGUAUCUGAAGCAAGAACAGAUGGAAGAGAUGGCUCAUGGAGUUUUGAAAACGGGUUUAUCGUUCUUGUGGGUGAUACGACUUCCAUUACCAGAUCUGAAGCUGGAGACUCAUGUCCUGCCUCAAGAACUGAAAGAAGCGAGUGGUAAGGGAUUAGGGAAGAUUGUGGAGUGGUGUCCACAAGAGCAAGUGCUGGCUCAUUCUUCAGUGGCCUGUUUUGUGACUCACUGCGGAUGGAACUCGACAACCGAGGCUUUGACUUCGGGGGUUCCGGUGGUUUGUUUUCCGCAGUGGGGAGAUCAAGUCACCAACGCGGUUUAUCUUAUUGAUGUCUUCAAGACGGGAGUGAGGCUUGGCUGUGGAGCGGCGGACGAGAGGAUUGUGCCGAGGGAGGACGUAGCGGAGAAGCUUUUAGAAGCGACGGUUGGGGAGAAAGCGAAGGAGCUGAGGAAGAGUGCUUUGAAAUGGAAGGCGGAGGCGGAAGCAGCUGUGGCUCCGGGGGGUUCGUCGGAAAAGAAUCUCCGGGAGUUUGUGGAGAAGUUAGGCGUGAUCAGUGGCUGAAUGAGAUAAAUAUUUCUUAGGUAAGAAUAAAUUCUAAAUAAAUAUUAAAAUAAUGUCCUAUAAAAGGCUAUAAAGUAUUUAUGUUACUGUUUAUUGAAAACAUGUACUCUCUACCCUAGUCUUUCAGGAAGUAUUUGUGUUACUGUUUAUUUUUUUUUGGUCGAAAACAAUAGUGUUACUGUUUAUUGAAAACAUAUGCUCCCUAGUGUUUCAGACUCAGUUUGGAGAGAAGGUAACCUUGUAAGAUAAUAAUAAAGAGUCUGAGCUAGACAAA